AUGUCCCUACUUCUCUCCAUCCCUCCAGAACUCCUCCGUCUCAUCCUCAGCGCCCUUGCAGACAUCGACCUCCCAUCCCUCUACACUUCUCGUCGCACCUGCCGCACAAUCAACAACAUCGUCACAGAUAUCCUCAAAACCUUAAGCAAAAACCACGCUGCCGCCAUAUCUUCGUUUCUGCAGUCGCACUUCGCUCCAGUACUUGACAGCUCAGCAGCUAGCCCGGAAAACAUACCCAUUGAGAAGCCGCGAGGAUGGACACCAUUCCACGCCCUCCCCUGGGCUUGCAAUCGAGCUCGACGCAGAAGGUACCUGCGCGAAGAGGCGAGUUGGCGCAAGAUCCCCAUGGUCUCGCCCUCCGGGCACCCUAUCCAAAGGCUACAAUUUGUCACCACCAAGAGCAACGAAAGUAUUCCAUAUAAGGAGGUACUCCAGGGCGGGGACGUAUGUUUCCUAGUCGUCGCGGGCGAAAACCUCGAAAUCUACGAAUUCCCCCAAGGCAUUGGACUCGGUAUGUUGUGGGACGUGGUGGUGAGGCAGUCGACCGGGUGCGAUAAUUGGUAUUGGGGAUGGAAAUUGUAUUUCGAAACGCGCAUCACUGACCUGGAAGAGUUUCUGGAACCUUGGCGGGAAAGAGAGGAUGUGGCUUCCCUGGUUAAGGAUCGCCUAUUCACAUACGAUCGCCAUUACGCUGUGCUUCUGUUCGGCGAGACCAUACUUGAUAGGGGAUCCGGGAAUGGAAAAGUCUCUUGGACCCCGCAGAGGCUCGGGGAGUGGGAGGCCCAUUCGCUCAUUGAGGGUUUCGAUGAACAGCUGUGUUUCAAAGACGGAUGUCUAAUUGGGUUCUUUUACCCGGAAGGUCGUCCUCCUGGGCUUCAUUGGCCUCGGGGUCGUCCGGAAGAGCUUGAAGUCGCUGAUGAGAUAGAGGGCUGGGCGAAGAGAUUUGUAUCGCCGGAAUUCGCCCCUGAGUCCAGGAAGGAUUUGUAUGGAAGCCACGGAGAUGAAUGGGAUAUCUAUGAUACCGAGUCCACUCUUUCGUCCAGCUGUGAAAGUCAGGCGUCGUUUGACUGAAAGCGACGCAGGUCAUUGGGAUGAAGGAAGUAAUAGG